AUGGAGCCAAACAGUCCUAAAAAGAUCCAAUUUGCUGUGCCAUUAUUUCAGAGUCAAAUAGAUCCUGAAGCAGCUGAACAGAUCAGGAAAAGAAGGCCCACACCAGCAUCACUAGUUAUUAUGAAUGAACACUCACCCCCAGAAAUAGAUGAGAAGAGAAAGAACAACUCACAAGGAGAAUCACAGAAUGCCUCCCCUAAGCAGAGGAAGCAGAGUGUGUACGCUCCUCCUGCCAUCAAAGGGGUUAAACAUCUGAAAAGUCAGAACGACUCAGCAUUCCCAGAGGAAGAAGAGGGUGUCAAUGAAAGAGAAGAAGAAUGGGACCAUUAA